AAACAAUGAAAUAUUCAAUCGUGAUUCAGGUAACCAACAGUUUUUAAGAACCAAAAAGAACAUGCUGGCACAAAUGAAAAUUAAUUUCAUCACAACAAUGGUGCUCUAAAAUGACUUAUUUUAUAAAAAUACAAACAUUUUCCGGUGUAUUUGUAUGAUUCAGAUCAAACAAAAGGAUUAUGUUCAUUUAUGAACCUGUAAAUACCUCAAAUAACUUAAUAUAUUGUAGUGUCUACAUCUUGUCAAAUGUCAAAUCCAAAAGUUAUCAUAGUAAAUAGGCCUGACAACUCAAUGAACAAUGCUGAUGCUGAGAACGUAAACACCUGCAACAUGGUGCAAGCAGAAAUUAUAUUGACCAGACUGCGUAAUGCUAGAGAAUUAGAAACUGGUUCCCAAUUAAUAAUAGUUGAUUUGAGAGAAACGAGACUUUAUCAGUCAGGUCAUAUAUUCACUGCUCGUUCAGCGAACUGCUAUACAAAAACUAUGGCUAAACGAGCCAUACAAUCAUGGGAUGUAUGGUAUUCUGAAACACAUGGAUGUCCUGCACCACAUAACGAUUCUCCAGUCUCAUUUAUUUCUCAGAUCUCCCUUGUUAAACCAGCCAUUGUUGUUUACAAUCAACGUGGUAACUUUUCGUCUAAUUCAUCAACAAGAGAUAAAAAACUUCGCGCCGAAAUGCAUUUCAUUUGUGCCCUGAUAACUCGUGGUAAUCGAGUAUAUAUGAUUGAUGGUAGAAAUACUUGGAUAACACUUUGUUAUAAAACUCCAACUAGGUUACUUUUUUCCUAUUUCAACAUUCCCCGAGCAGCGAAUGGUUGAGGCAAAUGCUUUAAAAUGGCUCAAAUAUAUUUAUUCAUAGUGUGUUCAUCAAUUAUUUUUAAACAUUUAUAAAAAUGUUUGUCAAUUGAAAAGGUUCUUGAAAUGAACGAUGAAAAUCCAACUUUUGCCUACCUUUAAAAUGAAUUUGGAAGUUUAACUCAGUUUUAUGCACGAAUUUCAGUGGACAGCCAGUAAAGUGGAAUAGUUCAAAAGAUGUCAGAAGGCCUUAUUUAUAUUCCCUCUUCAUCUUCAUCUGAAACAUGUGGUUUUGAAGCUUUUAGAAAUCUGCGUGGAUCUUCUGAUUUCAUCGAUCGACAAUCACCACUUCUAAUCAAUUGUUUUCAUACUGAUGACAGUUCGUGUUCAGAAGCUGCAUCACCUGCUUCCUUAAGUGACAAUUCGGACCAUUCUUCGUGUGUUUCACGUGUGUUUAACAAUAAGCUUGUGAUUACACUGAACGAUAGCAGACAUGAUAUCUCGAAGUGUCAUCAUAACAAGGAAAACCCUACUCACGAUCAUUUUAUCCCGGGAGAAAUAUCCUGUCACAAUUUAAAUGGAUUUGAUUGUAGUGAGACAGAAAAAAUUAUUUCUUGUUUAAAGGACAGUACUGGUGACGAAACUCUAGUUGUACGUAUUAAACAAGCUCCAUUAAGAGCGUCGAUACCUCAAAAUAAUGACGACGUUCUUGGUGCAAGUAUUUCACAAAUUUUACCGUAUCUUUAUUUAGGCAAUGCACGUGAUUCACAAGAUGUUGACUUACUUCGACAGUUGAACGUUACUCACAUAAUCAAUGUGACAGAUACUCUCCCUAUGCCAUUUAAAAGGUUGAAUCGCAUACAGUAUCUUCAUAUACCGGCAUCGGAUACAACUGACCAAAAUUUGCGUCCGGCCUUUGACAGAGCUGUACAGUUUAUAGAAAAAGCAAGAAAGCAAAAUGGAAUUGUUCUUGUCCACUGUUUAGCCGGUGUGUCACGUUCAGUAGCUGUUGUCAUUGCUUAUCUUCUAUACAGUAAUCGGAUGCUGAAUGUUUACAAAGCAUUGGAAUAUGUACAAGCCCGUAGAUCUGUGGCUGGACCAAAUCUACACUUUAUGGGACAACUUCAAGCCUAUUAUGAAGAUCUUCACAGUCAUAAGUCAUCCAUAUUCUGUCAUCGAAGUAACUCCAAAUCAAAAGAUAAGCUGUCUACGCGCAAUAGUGCAGAGAACUUAACUUGUAAAUUACGUAAAAACAAACUGUUACGUAGCGUCAGUCUAUCGUCCAACUGGAAAAGCUCAAAACCGUGUACUCCAUCUGCGUUUCAUAGAAUUAGUACUUCAAGUAAAACCAGUACACCUCCAUUUAUUCCAUCCCCCAUGUCAUUGCAUGAAUUUAAUAAGAAUUCCAAUAAAUCUCUCAAUUCUACUUGGUCAGUCAGUACCACAACACGUACAAACCGCCGACAUCCUCUUUCCCGUCAUGAUUCACAUGAAUCUAAAUCAGGUUCAACCAGACUCAUAAAAACUCACGAUUAAUUUAAAAGUUGUGUCACCGAAACUUGUCGUCAAGUUUAAAGAAGUGUAAGUGAGAUGCAUAGCUUUUCAGUAAAAUUAUCUAAAAAUAAAUACCUGUAAAAAUUCUCGUGAUAUGUAUACAUAUAUAUGUAAACAAAGAAUUGUCAAAUCCUAGUGUUUCUGACUUAACUUCUGUUCAUAAAGUCCAGGUAUAUUUUAAUUCAGUAAUUGUAUUCUUCCCAUAUCAAAAUAUAUUUUGAUUUAUUUUGGAAGUGAUGCAGUGUCAUUCCGCUGAACACUCUUAUUGCUUAACUUUAAAAAGCUGAGUACUUUUCAAAUUCGAAUUCGAAUUUAUCAUUAGUGUACAAAUCUUUGGCACAACUGUCUAUAUUUCAGUUUUCAGCUGUUUUAGCCUAUUUUCCAAUUUAACCUGGACUUAUGUUUUCUUAUUUUUUAUUUACGGUUUUACAGAAUGUUUUGAAAAAAACUAAUUGUUUUGCUGAAGUAUAAGUACUUACUUUGGUUUGCACUGUAUUUAUUCAUAUUAUUUAUUAAAAAAAUAGAUUGUACCGGUUGUGUCUUAAAUUUCAUGGUUGUCAGGAUGAUUCAUCUCAUUGAUGGCUCCAUCCAGUUCAAUAGAAU